AGAAAAUCGGACUUUGUCAGCAUAAUAUGUGUGCUCGAUUCUUGUACAUCGCUUUCGUUUGGGCGUUUCUCUUUAUCGUAUAGAUAAAGUGGAGGAAUGGAGGAAAAAUGAGUUGGACAUGGUGCACUAAUUUUGAGCUCUGGAGAAGAUUCAUUCACCUGAAAGCCAGACAGGGAGUACAGACUAGAAGAUGGAUGCCUGGUUUAUCAUCAUCGUCUCCCUCUGCAUCUCGGCCAUCGUAAAAUUCAUUUUUAGUCUGUUCCCGGCGUGGAUUAAUAGCAAGAAGCAGCUUCCACCGGGACCCCUAAGCCUCCCGCUCAUCGGCAACUUAAUAUGGUUACGCAAGCCCAUCUCCGACCUGGAGUUCAUCCUCCGCCGCCUCAAACCCCGCUAUGGUCCUCUCAUCACCUUGAGAAUCGCGCAUCGUUCUUUCAUAUUCAUUGGCAGUCACUCCCUCGCCCACCACGCCCUUGUCCACAACGGCGCCAUCUUCUCCGAUCGGCCCGCCCCCCCGCCCACCAGCAAAAUCUUGAACAGAUCACCGAAAGCAAUUAGCUCCUCCACCUACGGCCCCACGUGGCGUCUCCUCCGCCGCAACCUCACCUACGAGAUCCUCCAUCCCUCGCGUGUCAGGGCCUACUCCAGCGCCCGUCGCUGGGUCCUUUCACUUCUCAUCCACCGUCUCCGGGAUACUGCCCAAUUGGAAUCUUCGGUGAGGCUGAUUGAUCAUUUCCAGUACGCCAUGUUCUGCCUACUCGUACUCAUGUGCUUUGGCGACAAGCUCCAGGAGAAUCAAAUCAAGGAAAUUGAAGCCGUGCAGCGUAGACUUCUUCUGGGUUUCCGCCGUUUCAACGUCCUCAAUUUCUGGCCUCGACUGGGGAAGAUUCUUUUUCGCAAACGCUGGAAGGAACUGAUUCAACUGCGCCAAGCUCAGGACAAAGUAUUUAUUCCCCUUGUUAGGUCUCGUCUCCAAGUCAAACGAACGAGGAACAUUAAUAAGGAUAAGGUUGAGCAAGAGCAAGAGGAUGAAGCAGUGGCAUAUGUGGACACUCUGGCGGAUUUGCAGCUUCCUGAAGAAAAUAGGAAACUGCUGGAAGAAGAGAUUGUGAGCCUGUGCGGUGAAUUUCUCACUGCAGGAACCGAUACCACAUCCACUGCUCUACAGUGGAUCAUGGCCAACUUGGUCAAGCACCCCCACUUCCAGGACAAUCUUUACCAAGAGAUAUUCAGUGUGGUGGGACGGCCCCCUCGGGUUACCUCUGACAGAGAAGAGUGGGUGCAGCAUGUAGUAGAGGAGGAGGACUUACAGAAGAUGCCAUACCUGAAAGCAGUGGUUUUAGAAGCCUUGAGGCGCCAUCCUCCCGGGCACUUUGUUUUGCCACAUAAGGUGACUCAAGAUGUUGAAUUGGAUGGUUACAUAAUCCCAAAAAAUGCUCUCGUGAAUUUCAUGGUGGCAGACAUGGGUUGGGACCCCAAGGUGUGGGAGGAUCCAAUGGAAUUCAAGCCAGAGAGGUUCUUGGACUCCAGUGAAGAUGGGUUCGAUAUAACGGGGAACAGGGAGAUUAAAAUGAUGCCAUUUGGCGCUGGCAGGAGAAUAUGUCCGGGCUAUGCAUUGGCUCUGCUUCAUUUGGAGUAUUUUGUUGCCAAUUUGAUUUGGUACUUCAGGUGGACACCUCUUGAAGGAGAUGAAAUUGAUCUCUCCGAGAAGCAAGAGUUCACCACUGUCAUGAAGAAUCCACUGCGUGCUUGCAUCUCUCCUAGAAUGUAAUCACUUUUGAGGUUAUUGGCUCGGACGUUUCCUGCAUAAGCCUGGGCAAAACCAGCUUAUGACUGAUGUCGUGCACCUAUUAUGCACAUUUUACUGUACUGCGCAUUCUGUUUACUUUAUUGUUUGUCAAUCAGUUUGAUUUAGUACAUAGCAUACUAUUUGUUCUUGAAAGUUCGAAACUUGGUUUAUAGAAUUCCUGCAGAGAAUGUGCUAUAUUUGCUUGUUUCCAAUCGUUAAUCCUUGACAAAUUGAA